AUGGAUCAUUUCUAAUCAUUUGAAAACAAUAAUUUACCUGAGGGCAAUCCAAUAACAUUAGAAUAAAAUAAAAUUCAACUUGGAUAAUUAAGUAAAUCUUCAAGAAGAGCAUGGGCAUAACAAGAAGAUGAAUAAUUGAGACAAGCAAUAAAAUUACAUGGCACUAAUUGGUUAGUUGUUGCAUCAGCUUUGACAAAUAGAAAUCCUUCUCAGUGUGCUCAAAGAUGGAAAAGAAUAAAACCAAAUAACUUAUUUAGUAAAAGACAAUCAUGGACGCAAAAAGAAGAUAAUCUAUUGUUAACAUUAGUAGAAUUACAUAACAAAAAUUGGGUUUAAAUUGCCAAAAAGAUACCAAACAGAACAAGUAAACAAGUUAGAGAAAGAUUUAUAAACAAUUUAAAUCCAGAAAUCAAUCAAGAACCAUUCACAGAUGCAGAAGACAAGAUGAUUAUAGAUGGCUUUAAGAGUUUUGGGUCUCAAUGGUGUAAAAUCUCCAAGCUGCUUCAAGGGAGACCGGAAAAUGUUAUCAAAAAUAGAUUCUAUUCUUAUCUACGAAAGCAAUAUUUGAAAAUAGAUAAUCCAUACUAUGUAAUUCCUAAGCAAAAUUAAGAUAUCUCUCAUUCAAUCAUUUCAAAUUAAAGGUGCAAACAAAGCAAGAAAAAGAAGUCAAAUAAAAAAUUCUCACAAUAAAUAGAAAAUAUAGAGGACAACAAUGAAUAGAAGAGAAUAAAAAAGUAAUGUAUUAAUAAACACAAUAACAUAUCCAAAAAAUCUUAUAAAAAAAUUGAUAAAAGGUUCUCUUAAGCGUCAAAAGUUGAACAAUAUUAAGAAUACAAUAGUGAUCAUAAAAAUUAGCGAAUAACUAGAGGGUUUUUAAAUGAAUCCUUUGAAAUUGUUAAAGAAGAAGAAUAAUAAGAAAACUAUUAUUAUCAUCCAAUCCUGCAUUAGGAUAAUUUUGAACAACUGCCAGCUAAUUAUUAUUCAAGUUCUUGUACUUUAAAUGCGGUACAACCUUAUGAAUAAUAUAUUGCUACCCACCUUAGUUUGGAACACCUUAUAUUCCACCAUAUGUUAUGA